CCUUAGUUUUGCUUUGUCCCGGGACGCGCAGCCGGCCGCCCUCUCCCCCGCGGCAGCCAGCGCGCAGCCCGGCUCCGUCCCUUCCCCGCUGCCCAGCGAGGGGACGGCGGCGAUGAACCUCAACUUCACCUCGCCCGUGCACUCCGUCUCCGCGCCCCGGCCCACCUCCUUCUUCAUCGAGGACAUCCUGCUACACAAGCCCAAACCCUUGCGGGAGGUGCCCCCCGAGCACUUCCCCGGCUCCUUGGCCUCCCGCGUCCCCCUCUUGGACUAUGGGUACCCCCUGAUGCCCACCCCGACCCUGCUGGCGCCUCACCCGCACCCUGCCCUGCACAAGCCGGAGCAUCACCACCACCACCCUUAUUUCCUCACCGCCUCGGGAGUGCCGGUGCCGGCCCUGUUCCAGCCCCACGCCGCCCCCGAGCUGCCAGGGAAGCACUGCCGCCGCCGCAAAGCCCGCACCGUCUUCUCCGACUCGCAGCUCUCCGGCCUGGAGAAGCGCUUCGAGAUCCAGCGCUACCUCUCCACGCCCGAGCGGGUGGAGCUGGCCACGGCUCUCAGCCUCUCCGAGACCCAGGUGAAAACCUGGUUCCAGAACCGGCGGAUGAAGCACAAAAAGCAGCUGCGGAAAACCCAAGAUGACCCCAAAGGGGCUGGGGGCGAGGAGAGCCGGGGGCAGAGCUCCCCCGAGCCCGAGCUGCCCGAGGGGGCCGGCGCAGAGCCCCGCAAGGCCCCCCCCGGCCCCUUCCUGCUGCAGGACCCCGAGGACGAGGUGGACAUCCUGGAGGAGGGAGACCUCCUGGCCGCCCCCCACCGCCUUUAGGGCCGGCUUCGCCCAGACCCGACCCCACAAAUCGCCCCUUGCCCCCCAGCCUCCAGUAGUGCCGGAGCCCAGGGGGAUGGAGGAGGUGAUUUGGGGAGGGGGGGGACACACAGCACGACCCCUGCCCGCAGGGGUGAAGGCAACGGGGGGCUCUGCAGAGCCUCCACCUACCCCCAGCGCCGCCCCAAACCUCAGCCUGGCGGGGAGGAAAAAAAAAUA